AUGAGACUCACUGGAGACACGGCUCAGCGCGCAAAUGUCUGUUAUAAUGUUUAUGUUUAUAAACUGUUCUGCUCCGGUUUGGGUUUAAAAAAUACUGGACUUUUGAGUCAACGGGUCACGGAGCCUCGAGACACCGCGAGCACGGACACAAAGAGACAGAGGAGGAUGGUCCUGAGGCAGAUGGACGCGGGGAAAUGUCUGACGGCGGCGGCAGCCACAGGAAACACGAGAGAAGUGCAGAGGAUGAUGGAGGAAGGAAGAGUCCACCCAGACACGACUAACGAGUAUGGAAGAACCGCUCUGCAGGUCAUGAUGAUGGGAAACCCCAAGGUCGCCAGUCUGCUGUUACAAAAAGGAGCAAAUCCGAACGUCCAGGACAAAUACGGAAUCUCCCCAGCCCACGACGCCGCCCGCACCGGGUUCGUUGACACGCUGCAGGUCCUGGUGGAGCACGGGGCUUCUGUGAACGUAGCAGACAAGAACGGAGCUUUGCCUAUACACAUUGCCAUCCGCGAGGGCCAUCGAGACGUGGUGGCGUUCCUGGCUCCCCGCUCUGACUUGAAGCACGUCAACACCAGCGGGCAGACGGCGGUGGAUGUGGCCAGAGCCUCCCGCGUGCCCGAUAUGGUGGAUCUGCUCUUCGCUCACGUCCACAGUUAGCCUUAAACUCGCUCACUCAUCCUGGUGACUUGAAUUACUUCCUGUGUAAAGGUUUGUUUUUGCUAAUAGCUCUGCAUCAAUAUGUGACGGAACAUAUUAUCCUGGCAGCUUAUUUUCAGUGGACGGUGGCUACAGUGGGCACCUCUUUUGCACAGUGCAAUUUAGGCACCUUAUACACAUCCCUAGAACAUGGGAGAGCACAUUUGUAGAUAGUUGUUGUGUAGUAUUUCUAUUGCGUAACAGUUGAAUCCCUUUUGUGUUUUUACAUUUUGACAAAACUUGACAUGGUGUGCACAAUUGCUUUGCAUAGUUGUUACUCUGAACUAGACAUAUCUUAACUUUAACCCUAUUUAUUUGUGGAAUACAUUAAAUAUUCCAGUUACUUUGUACAUAGACUUUAAUGUGUUUGUUGAAAUGUUAUUUAUAUAGAUUUUUUAAACAAGUGAUUUUCAGUUUUUGCGAUUUGAACAUGGAAACAAAAUAAACUCUUUGGAAAUGAU